GUCAAAAUAUUGUAGCCUCAAUUCUUGCCAGUUUUUUGCCGUAAUAUUAAGGUUUUAACUAAAAAAUUAGGAUUAGAAACAGUCGUAUAAAUGUACGGGUCGUAGUGUAGAAAAUAGGCGAGUAAAAAUGAGUAAUCAAAUCCAAAACGUUCUAAAACAAGCGUUGAUAACCUUUACCAGCAAACCCGAAGUUUUCGCAACGAAUUUGCAGCUCCUCUCGGCUAUCGUGGACAAGCUAACAGCGGACGAUGUUAAAUUGGACAUUAGGAAAUUAGGUAAUAAAGACAACCCAUCGGAACCGGGCGCAGCUCCCGUAACUUACAUCGACAUCUACGAGGAUGCCACGGUGACGAUGGGCAUAUUCGUUUUGAAGCAGAACAAAAAGCUGCCGCUCCACAACCAUCCGGAAAUGCACGGGUUACUUAAAGUAUUGUCGGGCAAAGUACGAAUCAUCAGUUAUUCCAUAAACACGUCGAAAACGUUAGAAGUAGAUUCGCAAACCCGCAUAACGGACAACGUGCAACGACACAACGCCCUGAAGCUAGCACCUAGACGUUUAGUAACGGCGGAAUUGACUAGUGACGAUAUCGUCGAUUCGACGUGCAAAUCUUGCCUUUUAGAACCGAACGAAAAGAAUAUACACGAGAUACACAGCGUCGAUGGACCCGCCGCUUUCCUCGACAUACUCGCUCCUCCUUAUAUGACUGAAAUACCGAAUUCGGGGCAUUCGAGAUAUUGUUCCUAUUACAGCAUUUUGAGUAACGUUGCGCCGAACGUGUUUCGUUUACAAGAGAUUAGGAAUCCUCCGUGGUAUUGGACGGAUACGGCUCCUUAUGCAGGACCUGAUCCUACCGUUGAUCUAGAAUCGGAAUCGAAUUAGACGAAUUACACCGCUCCUCUGGUCCUCGAAUUGUGAUAUUUUUUAGCUUAAGUCUCCUUGUUUUUUAUCCUAAACUUUACGUAACUUACAAUUUUUAAUUUGACAUGUUGUUGACUUUCAAUGCUCAUGUAUGAAUAUUGUUUAAUAAAUUUACCGAUUU